AUUCAGGCUUAACUGCAGAUUCUCAGAGUGCAGUGGAAAGCUAAUCAUUCCAAAAUGCUGUGUCUUUUUGUGGUACUCUCUGCGCUUUGUGCCAUGGCUGUGCCCAUACCUUUACCUGACUUUUACUCUUACUCCUCUGCUGCCGGGGACGGCAGUGGAACUGAAUAUUCCACUGCACAUGUGGGCCGCAUCACUGGUAUCAGAGUUUAUGAGUAUCCAUACUACUAUGGCAACUACAUCAAUGGGAUCCAGCUGAGUUAUGAUGGUAACUGGACAGAACUGGUUGGUGUGAGUUAUUAUGGCAAUGAUGAAGAGAUGUUACUCUUCAAGAAUGAAUACAUUGUUCAGGUGUCUGGAAAGUAUUACAAUGGUUACGUCAAUGAGCUUAUGUUUGUCAGUAAUCUUGGGCGCUCUAUGAAAGUGGGGCAGCCUUCUGGAUUUUCAUUUAACUUCUAUCCGACCCACGAUGGAAGUGAGCUACGUUUCAUCAGUGGACGACAGAAUGGGUGGGCCAUCACCUCUAUUGGAGCUCACUGGGCUGUUUACUACCCUAAGUCCAACACAACUUCAUCAUAAGUCAAAUAUAUCCCACAGGCUUUGAAUUUAGUCAUUUAUGAAUGGAAAAUGCCAGUUUAACCAUAGCCUGCUAACUUUCAGGAAUGUACUUAAAGUGCUUGUCUUAUAUUCUGAGCUCUCUAGAUGGGUGAUAAGAAAAUGGAAUUUCCAGCUGAGCUAUUAUUAUAAUUAUUUCUGGUUAAUAUUUCAUUCUUAAAAUUAAUACAUUUAUGGUCUCCUGUUGCAAAAAUAAUAAUUUAAAUCAUGUUCAUAUGCUUUAGUGAGCUUCUCUUGUAACUUGAUUAUUUCUUGAAAAAACUUUGAUAAUUGUACUGCAACAAUUUUAGUACAAAAUGAUGUGAAAUCUAA